GCUGGGGGGGAAGUGAACUGGGCUGCACAAUAAACUGAAGGCUGCGAGGAGUAGGAAAAACCUCCAAAAGAGCACGCCGCGCAACCGAACUGGACUAAAUCUACAACACUGGACCUUAUAGUAAACGCAGAAAAGCGUGCGGACCAGGUUGUGGUGUACUCCGGUAUCGGGAUUGGCUCAGUCUCGCCGUGGAAGUUGCUGAGGAUCGAGCCGUAAGAAAAAAAAAAACAGCAGCCAGCGAAAGGAACCGAGGAAGGAAACACGGGCUUUGGAAAUACGCUCACUAACCCGACAGUUUUCAAGACUCUUGGCGAUUAUAGAGACUCUGUUGAUGAAUUAUGUCUACCACCAGUAUUGAUCCUCAGACGUCAAAAGGACAAGAUGCUAAAGUGCAAAAUGGCUCACUUCACCAAAAGGAAACGGUCCAUGACAAUGACUUUGAACCAUACCUCACUGGCCAAUCUAAUCCGAACAACAGCUACCAAUCCAUGACUGACCCCUACUUAUCCAGCUACUAUGCGCCAUCCAUUGGGUUUCCCUACCCCCUUAGUGAGGCUCCCUGGUCAACUGGCGGUGACCCUCCGAUCCCCUAUCUCACCCCUUAUGCCCCUCUCAGCAAUGGAGACCAUCAUUUCAUGCACGACACUGUGUUUGGACAGCCAGGCGGUUUGGGCAGUAGCAUCUACCCCCACCGCUUUAAUUUUUUCCCUGAGAACCCUGCUUUCUCAGCCUGGGGCACCAGUGGCUCUCAGGGUCAGCAAACUCAGAAUUCUGCUUAUGGGGGAAGCUACAGCUACCCGCCCAGCUCCCUAGGUGGUACCCUGGUGCCGGAUGGGCAGACAGGCUUCCACAGUGACACCCUGAGCAAGGCACCAGGCAUGAACAGUCUGGAGCAGGGCAUGGUUGGGCUAAAGAUUGGCGGUGACGUCACAGGUGGUGGCUCAGGUGUCAAGACCGUGGGUUCAGUGAUUGGCGGCGGGGCAGUGGCAGCAGCUGUAGCCACAGGUAAUGGUGGAACCCCUAUAGGCAUGCCCCCCAAACCAACAUCCUGGGCAGCCAUUGCGAGUAAGCCGGCGAAACCGCAGCAGCUAAAGGUCAAAACCAAAUCCGGGAUGCCUAUGGCUGGGGGUGCGUUACCUCCACCACCCAUCAAACACAACAUGGACAUUGGCACCUGGGACAACAAGGGGCCUGUGACCAAAGUGGCCUCACCAUUGCCUCCCCAGCACCAGCAGCAGCAUCCGCCUCUCUCUCAUGGCCACCUGCCCCCUCACCCCCAUGGGCUCCCGCCCCCUCCGCAGCCGCCCAUGCCCUCCGCCCAAUCCCUCACUCAGCAGAUGGCCACUCCGGCCCCACCUCCUCCUCAGCCUUACCAGAAUCACAACCCGCCCCCUCAGACCCGGUGGGUCGCUCCACGUAACCGCAACCCGGGCUAUGGUGGAGGCGGCAGUGUGGACAGCAGUGGCUCCUCCAGUGGUGGGGGUGUGGGCAAUGGGGGUGGAGGUGGACCCCCAGGCUCUGGUGCAGGUGAGUCGCACCCGGUCCUGGAGAAGCUGCGUGCAGCGCACAGCUACAACCCCAAGGACUUCGACUGGAACUUAAAGAACGGUCGUGUGUUCAUCAUUAAAAGCUACUCUGAGGACGACAUCCACCGAUCCAUCAAGUACUCAAUCUGGUGCAGCACGGAGCAUGGCAACAAGCGGUUGGAUGCGGCCUUCCGCGCCAUCAAUGGCAAGGGCCCCGUCUACCUGCUGUUCAGCGUCAACGGCAGUGGGCACUUCUGCGGCGUGGCCGAGAUGCGCUCGCCCGUGGACUACGGUACCAGUGCUGGCGUCUGGGCACAGGACAAGUGGAAAGGCAAAUUUGAUGUGGACUGGCUGUUUGUUAAGGACGUGCCCAACAGUCAGCUCAGGCACAUCCGGCUGGAGAACAACGACAAUAAGCCGGUUACCAACUCACGUGACACGCAGGAGGUGCCUCUGGAGAAGGCCAAGCAGGUGCUGAAGAUCAUCGCCACCUACAAACAUACCACCUCCAUCUUCGAUGAUUUCUCGCACUACGAGAAAAGGCAGGAGGAAGAAGAGGUGGUGAGAAAGAACUAUGAACCUGCUCCAAUCCAGAAUCGAUCCCGACUGGAUCAGGAACGCCAAAAUCGAAGUAAACAAUAGAAGACUGCACCCCCAUAGCUUGAUCAACGGUUGUUUUAGGACUGACCAUUUGAAAAUGAAAUUUAAAAAGAGGACGCAAGAAGAAAUUUAAAAAGAAAAAUGAACAGCCAUUUUUGUUUUCUCUAUUUAAUUCUGGUGACUUGGGCCAGCGUCGAACUCAAACCUCUGCUCUCCUGGUUCUGGCUCCGUGAGGGGUGAAGUUGAUUAACGGCACCGUGGUCUUCUUUGUCUCUUCUUUUCUAUCAUUUGGUUGGGUUUUACACACCUCCCUCCUUUCUUUCAUCCCCAACUUUGACCAACAAUUGUCUGCACAUUUUCCCCUUUU